CUCCAUUGCUACGUUAUGGGGCAAAGUAUGCUAAGAUAUCGACGCCCACAGGACUGCUGCCCGCUCACACUUUCAGCAGUUGCCAAUUCUGCAACCACAAAACUUGUCUGGAAGCCGCGUGGCAUUGUGGGACAGGAAGAGUUAAGCACGUGGCUAGGAAAGCGCAGCAUGGCGACCUCCGGCAAGAGGAAAUUAGCUGACCUCAAUGUAGAUGAAUUUCUAACUUCAGGUUUUGACUCAGAGGGUGAUGGGGACUCUGCCGAGGAGAUCAGUGAGGAGUAUCAGGAUAAAGAGGAAACAGCAAAAAAAGUGAAACAGAAGAAACCUCUAAAGAGUAAAAAUGAGGAAAAGAAAGGAAAAAAGAAAAUGGGUAAAGCUUCUGAACACAAGGGCCAGCUAUCCCGCCUAAAGGAAAAAGAUCCUGCGUUCUAUAGGUUUCUGGAGGACAAUGACCGAAAACUGCUCAAUUUUGAUGACUCUGACAGCUCAGAUGAAGAGAGUGGUGCUCAUCAACUGCCUGAUCACCUGGAGGAAAUGAUUGGAGAUGAGGAUCAUGUUGAUGAAGAUGAAAAUAAAGAGGGUACUCAAAAGAAGAAGAGGAAAAAACUCGAGCAGAUCAUUGUGACCAUUAAGAUGGUGGAUAAGUGGAAGUCAGAAGCCAAGACAGAUCUAAGGCCCAGGCUAUUCCAUGAGGUUGCUCAAGCCUUUAAAGCAGCUGUAGCAACCACAAGGGGUGAUGAAGGCGAUGAUCCCAGCAAGUUCAAGGUCGUUGACAGUGCAGUGUUCAACGCCUUGGUGUCCUUUUGUAUCCGUGACUUGUUUGUACACUUAGAGAAGAAGCUUCAGCUGAAGCCUGCAAAGGGCACAAAAUUGGUAAAUCCCUCUAGCAGUGCACUUUGGAAGAAGCUUCGUUUAGACAUUAAAAUGUACCUGAACUCUCUCAUCCAGCUGCUGACUUGUCUGACAGAGGCUACUGUGGGAGCAGCGGUUCUGCAACAUGUGAAUAAUAUUGUACAUUUUUUCCUGUGUUUUCCAAAGCAAACUCGACUUCUUCUAAAGCAAUGUAUUGUUUUGUGGAGCAGUGGUGAGGAAACCGUCAGAGUUGUGGCGUUUUUAGUACUGAACAAAAUCUGCAGACACAGACAAGAUACAUAUCUUGACCCAGUGUUAAAGAAGAUGUAUAUUUCAUAUGUAAAGAACUCCAAAUUCACAUCACCCAAUGUUCUACCAAUGAUCAACUUCAUGCAGCGAACUCUGACUGAGAUGUACUCCCUAGAUGUGCAGGCCUCUUAUCAACAUAUUUUCAUGUACAUCCGGCAGCUAGCUAUCCACCUGCGCAGUGCCAUGACCCUCAAAAAGAAGAUGGCUUACCAGUCUGUGUAUAACUGGCAGUACAUUCACUGUUUGUACCUCUGGUGUCGGGUGCUUAGUACGAUCCAUCCCAGUGAAAUGUUGGAGCCUCUGAUCUAUCCUCUUGUGCAGGUCAUAAUGGGCUGCAUCAGGCUUGUCCCAACUAUGCGCUAUUUACCACUCCGUUUUCACUGCAUACGAGCAUUAACACUGCUGUCAGAGAGUACCAGAGUCUUCAUUCCAGUGUUGCCCUUCAUCCUAGAGGUCUUCCAGAUGGUGAAUUUUAACAAGAGGCCUGGUCGGAUCAGUGUGAAACCCAUUAACUUUGCUGUGAUCCUAAAACUGUCCAACACCAAUUUGCAAGAGAAAGUCUUCAGGGAUGGGAUUAUUGAGCAAAUCUAUGACCAGAUACUGGAAUAUCUGCACAGCCAAGCAUAUUUCAUUGGAUUUCCUGAAGUGGUCCUGCCCUCUAUUCUACAGCUGAAAUCUUUCCUGAAGGAAUGUAAAGUUUCCAAUUACUGCAAGCCUAUGCGCCAACUACUGGAGAAGAUCCAAGAGAACUCUUCCUACAUAACCAGCAAGAGACAGAAGUGCGCCUUUGGCGUGGCUGACAGAGUUGCUGUGGAUAAGUGGGAAAAACAGACGAAGGAUGAGGGGACUCCCCUGACUAAAUAUUACAGCAACUGGAAGAAGCUGCGUGAGAAGGAGAUACAACUGGAGAUCAGUGGCAAGGAGCGGAUGGAAGAUUUAAAUCUCCCAGAGAUAAAGAGGAAGAAGUUAGAGAAAAAGGAAGAAGAUAAGAAAGAAUUCAAAGAUCUCUUCGACUCUGACAGUGAAUCUGAAGAUGGCAGUGGAGGAUUAUCACUCAAAGGGAAAUCCAAAGCCAAGAGUAUGGAAGGAUCCUCAGAUGAAAACUCAGAACUAAGCAGUGAAGGAGAAGAGGGCGAGUAUGAAGUGCAAGAUGAUGAGAGCAGUGACCUGGAGGGGGAAUCGCAGGAUGAAGACGAAGAGGAGGAGGAAGAGAAAGGGGGUAAAAUAACAGUUCAGAAGAAGCAAAAGAAGGGGGUGCAGCACCUCUCACUGACUGACUUGAAGAAACUGGCACAGGGGGAAGAAGAUAUUGUCCAGGAUCUUGAUUUCUCAGACGAUGAGUAAACAUGUUGAGAUUGCACCAAUAACCCUUUGUCAGCUGGAUACAAUCACAAUGUCUGCUCCAAUCUCCACUCGCUACUCUGCAGUCAUUUGAAGACAAAUGAAAUGAGUCCAUCUUUUGUGCCCAUUGCUGCCAUUGGCUGUGAACCUCUUUAUUAACCGGGCCAGGACAAUAUAUAUAUAUAUAUAAUUACAUGUAUUAUAUUUUUAUUGUGACAUCACAACAGCUGAAUAAUUUCAGCGACUGAGCUUAUCUCCUGCCCCUGCAGAGCCUCGUGUCUGAUAGGCUUGUGAUUCCAGGCAGAGUACAAGUCAGAGGGCCACGCAUAUUGUGUGCAACUGUAAAAGUUAUUCACUUUGUAAUCUAUUUCUCUGUAUUGUAAAUCUGUUGCAACAACCUUCUGUAAUCAUAUAUGCCAAACAGAUACAGACUGAUUUCGA